AUGGCGCCAAAGACAGAAAAGAAGCCCAAGCUGGCUCGCGAAGAAACCUCAGAAAGCGAAUCGAGCUCAUCCGCCGAGUCAAAUCGCAAAGCCGAAGACUCUUCCAGCUCAACCUCCGAUGAGGAACAGUCAGAUAGCUCGAGCGACAGCGAGCCUUCAAAGAAAGAGUCCAAGAGCCAGUCAGGUCAAAAGCUUUCAAAAUCACGGUCUUUCCGCGCUCCCCAGCAAUACAAGCCCCCGCAAGGUUUCAAAUCCGCCAAAAGCCAGUCCUCCUCUAAAACAUCCUCUACUCUAUCCUCUCUAAGUGGAAAGCAAGUCUUCCACAUCACAGCGCCUGCUUCUCUCCCCCUCUCAAAGAUCAAGGAGGUCUCGUUAGGUGGAGCUUUGAAGGGCGAACCGAUUCUGAAGCACAAUGGUGUGCAAUUCGGGAUCCUGGAGGAAAGUGUCAGCCAAGCCAGCAGCAAUCCGCAGACACUAUUCAUCUACGACCCCAAGGCGCAAACCUAUCAGAGUACAUUGACGAACGUCCCGACCUACCAUAUCCAAGAAAUGAUUGAUAUCCCCGGCGGCGCGGAAUUCGAAGAAACUAGCAUUAAAGCUGCCAAGGCACUGGAGAAGCCACCAAGGAAACAGCCCAAGCAUCUGAAGAUGCGCUUCAGACCUGUGGGAAGCGGUGAUGGCCCACCGGAGACACUUGGGUCGAGCUCUGAAGAGUCAGAGGGCGAGGAACCGGCAUUCAAAGUACCCAAGGGGACUGAGAAGGAGAAGGAGAGGAAACGGAAACACCAGCAGACAGAGGGUGAUGCGAGCCAGGUUGCUGGGCUACCCCGGAAGAAGUCCAAGAAACACUCCUUAGACAAUGUUGAAGCUGCGGAGGAGAAGUCCAAGAAGAGCAAGGACCGGGAUGGGAAGAAGCGAAAGAAAGAGAAAGCUUGA